AUGCAGACGAUGGAAGGAGCUGAACUCUGCUUCCCAGAGCUCCUCAACACCUCCUGCAGUAAAACAAACUAUCCCCCCUCUGAUAAGAUGUUCUUUUCUAUUAUUGUUUGUCUUAUUUCUUUUCUCAUAAUGAUUCUGAACUUGCUGGUCAUCAUUGCCAUCAUGCACUUCAGGCAGCUUCACACCUCCACAAACGUUCUCCUUCUCUCGCUGGCUUUUUCAGAUUUCAUUAUGGGUUUCCUGUUAUUCUUUCAAAUUUACUUGAAUGACUGCUGGCAUCUUGGCAACAUAAUGUGUGCUUUGAUUACUGCUUUGGGUUUUACUGUUGCAUCAACUUCAGUACAAACUUUGGUCCUCAUUUCAAUUGACCGCUAUAUAGCCAUCUGUGAUCCUUUACAUUAUCCCACUAAGGUUACUCUAGAAAGAACCCAAGUGUCAGUUUCUCUGUGUUGGACUUGUUCUCUUGUUUAUGCCAUUGUAAUUUUAAAGGAGGAUCUGGAGCAACCAGGUAGAUUUAAUUCAUGUGUUGGAGAGUGUACAUUUGAGAUAGGCCUCACUGGAUUUAUUGUUGAUCUCUUACUUGCUUUUCUUCUUCCUAUUACUAUCAUCAUAAUUCUGUAUGUUACAGUCUUUGUGGUGGCUGUGUCUCAGAUUCGGGCCAUGCGCUCUCAUGUUACAGCCGUCACACAUCAGCGUUCAGGAAAAGGAAAACCGAAAAAAUCUGAAAUAAAAGCUGCCAGGACUCUAGGGGUUGUUAUAUUAGUGUUUCUGCUUUGCCUUUGUCCAUAUUUUUGUGUCUCAGUUCUGAGCCCAGAGAGUAUAUUCAGUAGUGUAUCAGGUGCCUAUCUCCUAAUAUUAUACUAUGCUAAUUCCUGUCUAAACCCUCUGAUCUAUGCAUUAUUCUACCCCUGGUUUAGAAAAUCUAUCAAAAUUAUUGUUACACUUAAAAUUCUCAAGUCUGGCUCCUCAGAUGCAAACUUACUGUAA